AUGUGGCUGACGUGGUAUGUGGCUGCUCUGUUCGUGGUGGCUGUGAGUGGCAUCGAGAAAGAGACAAAUACUGUCCUCAGGGUUACCAAAAAUGUGCUGAGCAAUGCCAUUUCGACCACCCUGCAGCAAAGCGAUGCCCUCCACUCAGCCCUGAGAGAGGUGCCCUUGGGUGUUGGUGGCGUUCCCUACAACGACUUUCAUGUCCGAGAGCCACCCCCAAAAUAUACCAAUGGCAAGCAGCUUGGUGGUAAUUACAAGUAUGGUCAAAUCGACACCAACGACAACACUGCUCAGCUGGGGGGCAAAUACCGAUAUGGGGAGAUCCUUGAGUCGGACGGAAGCAUCAGGGACCUCCGAAAGGAUGACUACCGCAAUACCGAGAAUGGAUAUGGUGCCCAUUGGGGCCACGGGCGGUUUAGGUCAGCAGAAGGCGCACCAACUGUGGGCAGGCUUCACCGACGAGAACUGCGGCCUGGAGAAAUCCCUCCCGGUGUGGCCACUGGGGCUCUGGGCCCAGGUGGGCUGCUGGGCAACGGAGGCAUGCUGGCAGCUGACGGCAUCCUGGCAGGCCAAGGUGGUCUACUCGGCGGCGGAGGUCUCCUUGGUGACGGAGGGCUUCUUGGAGGAGGGGGCGUCCUGGGCGUGCUUGGCGAGGGCGGCAUUCUCAGCACCGUGCAGGGGAUCACCGGGCUCCGGAUUAUGGAGUUGACCCUUCCUCGGGUAUCUGUACGACUGCUGCCUGGUGUGGGCGUCUACGUGAGCUUGUACACCCGUGUGGCCAUCAGUGGGAAAAGUCUUAUUGGCUUCCUGGACAUUGCGGUGGAGGUGAACAUCACAGCCAAGGUUCGGCUGACCAUGGACCGCACCGGUUACCCUCGAUUGGUCAUAGAGCGAUGUGACACCCUCUUGGGGGGCAUCAAAGUUAAGCUGCUGAGAGGCCUUCUCCCCAACCUCGUGGAUAACUUAGUGAACAGAGUCCUGGCCAACGUCCUCCCUGAUCUGCUCUGCCCCAUUGUGGAUGUGGUGCUGGGUCUUGUCAACGAUCAGCUGGGUCUUGUGGAUUCUCUGGUUCCACUGGGAAUAUUGGGAAGUGUUCAGUAUACCUUCUCCAGCCUUCCGCUUGUAACUGGAGAAUUCCUGGAGCUAGACCUCAAUAGUCUGGUUGGGGAGGCUGGAGGAGACCUCAUCGACUAUCCACUGGGACGGCCAGCUGUAUCUCCCAAGAAGAUGCCAGUCUUGCCCCCCAUGGGUGAUAAUACCAACUCUCAACUGGCCAUUUCUGCCAACUUCCUGAGCUCGCUGCUGACUUACCUGCAGAAAAAAGGGGCAAUGGAUAUUGACAUUACUGAUGGCAUGUUUGAAGAGCUUCCCCCACUCACCACAUCCACGCUGGGAGCGCUGAUUCCUAAGGUGUUCCAGCAGUACCCCGAGUCCCGUCCACUUAUCAUCAAGAUCCAGGUGCCGAAUCCGCCAACGGUGUCACUUCAGAAAGAUGAGGCGGUGGUGAGGGUGUUUGCCACCUCUGAGAUCAUGGUCUCACAGCCCAAUGACGUUGAGACCACCAUCUGCCUCAUUGAUGUGAACACGGAACUCCUGGCCAUGUUUUCUGUGGAGGGAGAUAAGCUCAUGAUCGAUGCCAAGCUAGACAGGACCGAUCUCAACCUCAAAACCUCAAAUGUGGGCAACUUUGAUGUUGGCCUCAUGGAAGUGAUUGUGAGGAAGAUUUUCGAUCUGGCAUUUAUGCCUGCAAUGAAUGCCAUUCUGGGGUCUGGAGUCCCUCUCCCCAAACUCCUCAACAUCGACUUCAGCCAUGCAAAUGUGGAUGUCUUGGAGGACCUUCUAGUGCUGAGUGCAUGA